ACGGGCACGUGUCGCGGCUCAAUUUUUCUCACUUGCUAAAAUUCCGCACCAUCGAGCCAUCGUUUGCCUUGGAUAGCCGAGCCUACGGAUAGUCCGCGGCGCUACUCUUCCUCUACUCCACGCACUCACUCAGUCCAAGUGCUUCUUAUAGACAAUUGCAGCGUCAUCUGCUCCUGCUCGUCGCUCAGCUAGCCAUCUCACGCAAACUAUCCCACUCGACAACCAACAUGGGCUCCAUUCCGGCAACACGCUCUCGCUUCGAGGCCGUGGAACACAAGCCUCUAGGCGGCCCCUUCAAGAUCGAGGCGGCGUAUCGCAGCGACACCAGCGAGGAUAAGGUCAACCUGGGCAUUGGUGCGUACCGCGACGAUGCAGGCCAGCCGUGGCUGCUCCCGUCCGUGGCCGAGGCCAAGAAGCGCAUGGACUUGCCCUCGUGCACCCACGAGUACUCGCCGCUGCACGGCAUAGACGCCUUCAUCGAGCCCGCGCGCCGGCUCGUCUUUGGCGCGGAGCUGGACCCCGAGAUCGCCCCCUUUGUCGCGUCCAUGCAGACCGUGUCGGGCACCGGCGCCAACAGCAUCAUCGCCAAGUUCCUCGCCCGCUGGAUCCAGCCCCAGCAGAUCUGGCUGCCCGCCCAGACCUGGGACAACCACCCGCACAUCUGGCGCCAGAACGCCCCGGCCAUCCAGGUCCGCGACUACCCCUAUUACGACCAGAAGACGUGCAGCCUCGACUUUGCCGGCCUCAUGGCCACCCUCGAGCGCGACGCCAAGGAGGGCGACGCCAUCCUCCUCCACGCCUGCGCCCACAACCCCACGGGCAUCGACCCGACCGAGGACCAGUGGAAGGACAUUGCCCUGCUGUGCGAAAAGAAGCGCAUGUUUGUCGUCUUUGACUCGGCCUACCAAGGCUUCGCCUUUGGAAACCUCGACAAGGACGCCUGGUCCAUCCGCCACUUUGCCACCCACCCCGACCUCGAGUUCGCCGUCUGCCAGUCCUUCUCCAAGAACCUCGGCCUCUACGGCGAGCGCGUGGGUGCCCUCCACAUUGUCACCUCGAGAAACGCCGCCCCGAGCGUCGCCCUCGCCAUCCGCUCCCAGCUCGUCGAGAUCCACCGUGGCGAAGUCUCCAUCGCACCCGCCUUUGGCGCCCGCGUCGCGACCACCGUCCUCACCAGCGAGGAGAUCUUCAGCCAGUGGCUCGAGGACCUGGUCUUCAUGAGCGGCCGCAUCAAGGCCAUGCGGCAGGCUCUCUUUGACGAGCUCGUCGCCCUCGGCACCCCGGGCUCCUGGAAGCACGUCGUCGACCAGACGGGCAUGUUCUCCUACACGGGUCUGUCCACGGACCAGGUCGCCGUUAUGCAGGAAAAGUUCCACAUCUACAUGCUGCCAACCGGCCGCAUCUCCAUCUGCGGCCUGCGCGAUGCAAAUGUGAAAUAUGUCGCGCGGGCUAUUGACAGCGUCGUGCGCGAGGGCAAGGCGUGAGCGGCUUCAUAUAGACUAAUGAAAUAGAAACGUAUUAUGAGAUCACGGAUUUCUUGAGAGAUUACAAUAUCGCACCAGAAGGCAUGAUGUA